GCGACAGGUGAGAUCUUUGCCAAGUAAGUUCUCAGCCCUCAGCCUCAACUCCGAUGCCCUUCCGCAAUUAUUUCCCACACGGGUGAGACUGACUGGCGUCCGAAUGCGUGCAGCUGUCACGCAGCGUCCCUGGAAGACGUUGAAGAAACGAUUCGUCUGGCGCACGAAACCUUCAAGGCCGGAACGUGGUCUAGGGCACCUCGUCAUGUUCGCGCCGAUGUUCUCGACAAAACGGCUGAGCUGCUCACCGCAGAGCUGCCCUCACUGAUUCCUCUCGAGGUGCGCCAGACCGGACGCGCGAUACGCGAGAUGCGCGCCCAGGUGCCCACGUUGGUCAAGUGGUUUAAAUACUAUGCCGCCUUGCUGCGCACCGAAGAGCGUGCUGUACUGCCAACCGUUGGCAAGCUGCACAACUGGAUCGACCGUGUACCACUGGGCGUCGUGGUGCAGAUCACGCCUUUCAACCACCCGCUCCUGAUUGCUGUUAAGAAGAUAGCGCCCGCCCUUGCAGCGGGAAACAGCGUUGUGGUGAAGCCGAGCGAGCUGACACCGCUCACUACGCUUUUGUUGGGCAAGAUCCUGCAGAGAGCUGGUGUGCCUGACGGAGUGUUCCACGUGCUUCCUGGGUACGGCGCAACCACUGGCAAGGCCCUCGUCGAACAUCGGCUUGUUCGCAAAGUCGACGUCACUGGCGGAACCGUGGCUGGGAGAGCAAUUGGUUCAAUUGUCGGCGGCAAUCUGGCGCGAUACACGGCGGAACUGGGAGGCAAAGCGCCACUGAUCGUCUUUGAUCAGGCCGACGUGGAUGUUGCAGUCAAUGGCAUCGCAUUCGGGUCCUUCAUUGCUAGCGGACAAACAUGCGUCGCCAGCACCAGAAUUCUCGUCCAGGAAGGGAUCAUGCAGGCAGUGUUGGAGAAACUCAGAGCCAAGGCCGAAUCCAUCGUCCGGCGGAUGGGCUCACCGAGCAAUCAGGAAUCCAUGAUGGGCCCGCUGGUGUCGGCGAAGCAAUUGUCAAACGUAGAGGCGCUUGUGAAUGAAGCGCUCGCUGCAGAGGGCGCAGCCUUCACUGGUGGCCGUCGCAUGUCUGGAACCAGUAGCCUGGAUGGCAUCGACUUCGCCAAGGGAUACUACUUUGAACCGACGAUUCUGGUGUCUCGUGCCGAGGGCGACAUCCUCAAGUCGCGCAUCUGGCGGGAGGAAGCGUUUGGGCCGGUGAUUGUGGUGGCGCCGUUCAAGACGGAAUCAGAGGCCAUCGCACUCGCCAACGACAGUGAAUUCGGGUUAGGAGCGGGCAUCUGGACGCGGGACGUGGCGCAAGCGUUUCGAGUGUCUGAAGAAAUCGAUGCAGGCAUCGUGUGGGUGAAUACGCACCAUCGAAACGAUCCCAGCAGUCCGUGGGGUGGCGCAACGAGCGCGAGCGGUGUUGGCAGCGAGAACGGUAAUGAUGCAUACCAGGCCUACACGACAACCAAGAGCACAAUCAUAAGCUAUGCGAGCCCAGAGGAGGCGCUGGCGGCAGACGACUGGUUCCGCGAGGGCGCCGGUGACGUGCGAUACGGAUAGACGGACCCUCGAUAGGUAGACCCUCAAUAGAAGAACUGUCGCCCACGGAUCAAUUGACAAUUGGCCAAUGCCUGCUAUUGAGUUGCGAAUAAGAGAAUGAGUGAGUGAGAAGAUGAGAGAGACGAUGUUCCUCUCAUGUUCGGGGAUGAAUUGCUCGUUUCAGCGAACGAGAACCCGUCAGUGCGUGGUCGCUGGCCAUAUUCCCGCGGGAUGCAGGCCGAAAAAUCCGUCAUUUGCGUCUCGGACCGCAGGUGCAAGCGAAUUGUUGGAACGAGUCAACAAAGAAGAUGAUCUGGCUCGGAUGGAACCCAUUAUGAGGUGAUUAGGAACAAAAACAUGCAAGAGGAAACUUAGUUAAUUGAGUGCUGAGAUAUUGUCAGAAACGACAAAAGAAAUGAGGUCCAUCCAGGAUUCGAACCUGGGCCUACGGAAGGUUCUGAAAAUCAGAAUCCGACGUCCUAACCAACUAGACU